AUGAAUCUAAGAAGCUGAUUGUUGUGGAUUUCACUGCUUCAUGGUGCGGACCAUGCCGCUUCAUUGCACCUUUUCUGGCUGAGUUGGCUAAGAAGUUUACAAAUGUCAUAUUUUUGAAGGUGGAUGUGGAUGAACUACAGUCUGUUGCUCAAGACUGGGCUGUGGAGGCAAUGCCCACCUUUGUGUUUGUGAAAGAGGGAACCAUUAUUGACAAAGUGGUGGGAGCAAAGAAGGAAGAACUGCAGCAGAAGCUUGAGAAACAUGUGGCUACAGCCAGUGCUUAAACUUGCUGGUGUUACUUUGAUGUUCAAAAUGCCAUAGACGUAGUGUGUGAUGUUAUCUCUUUUAUACUCUAGUACCGGAUACAUAUUAGGUAUUUGUGUUAUUUCACCGUACAUCUUUGUAUAGGUGGCGACUCUUGUCAUCUAUAUUUAGUGAGUGAUUUCGUCCUUUAUUCUGUCUAAAAAUAAUGCUGAAUAGUCUUGUACUAUGACUUCGUGAUUGCACAUGAGAAAUGGAUUGAUCUAAUUUUACUUGUUAA